AUCAAGACACUCUGAUGAGUGUACGCUAUGUACGCUAAACAGAGGCAGUUCUGAAGCAGUCAGGAAAGUAACUGAAUGAUGCAAGUGACCUCUUGUGGUGAACCUCGGCAGGACUGGGUUUGAUGAUGGGCAAAAGAUAGCAAGAAAAAAAGAAGAAGAGGAAUUUAUAUUUGCCAGUGGAACAAAAAGGAUGUUCCUGUUUCGGUUUUUGUUCUGUUUAUUAACCGCUAGAGUGCCAAAAGUUACGGACUGCAGCGUUAACACAUUUUGGAUCAAACUGGUUUUCACUGGACGCUUUCUUUAACUUAAGUGCGACGGAUUGGAUUCGUCUCGCGAUUGAUUAUUCAUAAUAAAGACGGUCAUAUUUCUCUUUCUGGUGAACAUGAGGUCUCUGCUGAUACUAUCAGUGUUGUUGGUUCUCAUAAGGGGGAACAAGGGACAGAAACCAACAGUGUCUCUCCGGCCGAAGUUCCCUCAGGUGUAUGCUGGAGAUGACAUCACUCUGAUCUGUAACCGUGAAGGAGGGAGUAAACCAACAACAUGGUAUUUUAACGGAGCACCACAAACACACAAGGAUUAUUUAAUGCUUCUUACAGCAGUGACACCAGACAACAACGGGGUGUAUGAAUGUGAUCAGGGAGGAACGAAGAGUGACCCGUUCACACUCACUGUACUGAAUCUGGAGCCUCACGCUCAGCUCUCUCCAUCUGUUGGAGGUGCUGUGAUGACCAAAGGAGAAGGAAGAAACCUGGUGCUGCAGACGGAUGAUGAUGAUCUGAAGGACUGGGCUUGUUAUGUGUUGAGGGGAGUGAACACCUUCACUCUAGGACUCGAAAUUCAAGAGAAGAACAGAACUGUUAUAUUUGCAGAAUUAAAGGAGGCAGAAAGAGCCACUUUCUGGUGCAAGAAAAAGAAAGCAGUUCUUCGAAGCAAUUCAGUGACGCUGAAAAAGACAGAGCACAUGGUGAUGUUGGUUCCUCCGGCCGUUCCUGUCUGGCAGGGGGAGCCCGUGACCCUCAGAUGUGAAGUCUGGGGUGGACCUAAGCUGGACAAAGCCAUCUUCUAUAAGGAUAAAACACAAAUCAUGAGCUCAGCUGAAGGCACAUACACCAUCACCAGCGCCACACAAAGUGAUAACGGCAUGUACAGCUGCCGCGCCACCUACAGGUACACACACCUCAGUGCAGAAGCUCAACAGAAGGAAGGAGAUUCUGAUGCUCAGGAGUUAAAAGUUAUAGGUGGACCUCCUGCUGCAGUGAUUUCAGCAUCUACUAACAGUCUGAAGUGUUCCUGUCCUGACUGUCCUGCCAACUGCACAUCCUACCACUGGUAUCACACACCAUUUAAUCACACAUACACACACAGAAAACUACCUGAAAACGAUGAGUCUAUUACCGUAGAGAAAGAAGGAGAGUACAGAUGCCGGAGGGACUGUGGGAACGGUUUCUCCCGUUUCAGCAAAAUCUACAGCUACACAGAACAACCACUGGAGUUCGGACACAUGUGGUACAUUACGGUCGCAGCCCUGAUUUUCUUUGUGAUCAUCAUUGUGCUGAUCAUUGUGCUGAAUUACAGAAGACUGAUGAGUGUACACUAUGUAGCCUAAACAGGUGAGAAAAGAGGAAGAAUGAGGGCUCCUUGAAGAAAAAUAAUCACAUUAAUGUUAACUAAUAUUCAAAUUUCCAUUUAGCCAUUUAAGGUAAUUAAGCUUUUCUAUAACUUUGCAAGUAGUUAACAGUAGUUUAAUGGCAGUUAUUAUUAAUGCAAUCGAGGUUACAGCAUAGAAGUGUGCAAUGUGAAAAAGAUUGGGAUUUGUGAAAAUGCUUUAAACUAAUAGUAAUGAAAAUGUACUCACCCUCAGGUAAUCCCAGAUAUAGAUGAGGUUGUUUCUUUAUUGAUUUCUUCAAUUUUGAGAAUUGUAGUAUUCCAUCAGUGUCUCAUCAAUGGAUGCUCUGCAGUGAAUGGGUGCCGUCAGAAUGAGAGUCCAAACAGCUGAUAAAAACAUCACAAUCAUCCACAUCAAUCAGUCCAUCAGUUCACAUCUGGUGAAACAAACCCAUCAAGAUGUUUUUAACUUCAAACCAUUGUUUCCAGCUAAAAUACGACUCCAUGAUCCAUAACAUUUCCUCCGGUGAAAAAAUUAAUCUCAUGUUGUGGCUCACAUCAAUAUCCAGUCACGUAUCUGUUUAGAAAUGUUUAGGCUUGAUCUGUGCAGAUUUCUCUCCCGAUUCAGACAAGACGACUUUUACACCGGAGAAAGAAGGAUUAUGGAUAGAGGACUCCUAUUUUAACCAGAAGCAACAGUUUGACAGUAAAAUGAUUUCUUUGUAUCAUCAUGUUUAUUUUUAGAUCUUCAUUAUUCAAGUGUUUUUAUGCAAUGCUGUUGUGUUGUUUUUAAAAAGCACUUUUAAGAACUUCUCAACUAUAACAAGCAACGCAUUUUCAGCUUUCUGUGCAUUUUCAGUGUAAUUGUGGAUGUGUGUCAAAUAAAUCAAUGCAAUGUGCUAUAUUAAACUUUUCACUGCAAUGCA